CCUUCAUUUCACAAAUUACAACCAGAGAAACAAAGAAAACAAAAGAAAGAAAAGAAGUAGACGCAUCAAAAAUUCAGCACCAGACGGCUUAUCCUCCUCUUGCAACGAUUCUUAGCUCAUCCCCUUCUCACUCCCACAGGUCUGAUUUCCUUUUCUCUCUCUGAUUUGUUGAUACAAGACAUAAACGACAACACCCAAUUACGUUGUUGAAACAACCCAACUCCCCCAUUUAGCUCAAUCUCGUGUUCCUCAACUUUUGGAACCCGGUUGAGUUAAAGACCCUGUUCUUUCUUAAGGCCUAUGAUUUAGACCCUUUUUUCUUUAUCUUUGCUCAAAGUUUGGAUCAUAAUCAAAAUUGGGUCUUUGAGAUUGGUGUCCUUGAUGGACCUGGAGUUGGCCAGAAAGGGUUUUGGUUAUGCCCGGAAAAGGAAGAAGUGGAUGUUUGUAAUGGCUGCUUUGGGCUUCUCCGGUUAUGGUGCUUAUAGGGUUUAUCACUUGCCUUCUGUGUCUCGAAAAAGAAAGAGGCUUUUGAAGCUAUUGGGUGCUUUAGUUUCUGUAGUUGAAGUACUUUCAGACAUUGCUGAAUCGAUUGGAGUUGUGUCUAGAGAUUUGAAGGAGUUUCUGCAAUCUGAUUGUGAUGAGAUUCCCAAUAGCUUGAAGCAAGUUUCGAAGAUUUGUAGGUCAGAUGAGUUUUCAGGGUCUGUUGUUAAGGUCACACAAGCUGUAACCUUGGGAGUUUUGAGAGGAUAUCAAGCACAAGCUAAGAGUCAGCGUCUUGAGGAUGGUGGUAUUUCUAGUAAUACAACUUUUAUGGAUCAAGUUGUGGAUAAGCUGUUUACCAAGGCAGGGUCUGGUUUUGUAUCUGUUGUUGUUGGAAGCUUUGCUAAGAAUUUGGUAUUGGGUUUCUUUUCGGAUGAGCAGUCUGGUGCAGGAUCAAAAUCGGCCACUUUCCCGGAUCAAUAUGGUAUGAAGAUGAAUGAUGUUCCUAGAUGGGUGGAGGUGGCUUGUAGUGAGAAGUGCAGAGACCUAAUUGCUGAUUGUAUCCAGCUAUUUGUGAGCACGGCUGUUGCGGUUUAUCUUGACAAGACUACGGACAUCAACACCUAUGAUGAUAUCUUUUCUGGCUUAACCAACCCCAAGCAUGAAGCAAAAGUAAAAGAUAUGAUUGUAUCAGUCUGUAAUGGCGCGGUUGAAACUCUUGUCAGAUCAUCUAAUCAAGUAUUGACAAGUUCGAAAUCCAAUGUGAACCAUCCAAAUUUGAGUUCAAAUUCUUAUUUGGCUAUUGAAGACGGUGGAUGGAUCAGUCAAGUAUCCUCUACUUUGGCAGUUCCAAGCAAUAGAAGCUUUGUUCUUGACUUGACCGGACGGGUUACAUCUGAAACAGUUCGAUCAUCCUUGGAUUUUUUGUUGGAUAGACUCUUUGAUGGGAUGCGGAGACGUGUUAAUUCUGCUCGUGUGGAAACUGUUGACAAGGGUGUUGAGGUUGUGAAAUAUGCUGUUGCAAAAUCUUCCGUUAUUGCCACUAUAUGUCUAUCUUUGUGUUUACAUGUAAUUGAUAGUCCAUGGCUACUGGCUCCGGGUUAGCUCGUUCGGGACGUUCUCAUUUGGUAAGUCCAUGACCAUACAUAACAAAGAUUCUUUUGUGCAACUGCCUGUGUAUAUAUCAUCUGAAUCCACAAAUUCAUUGAGGAAUUGAAGAAGUUGAAGUGCUGCCUUAGACUGGAGGUGCGCUCAAAUUUUUAUGCGUCCAACCUUCCUGGGAUGCUGGUCCUCAUUAGGUGAUAGCAAUUUUUUGUGAAAAUAUAAUGUUCCAGAAUUUGUGAAGAAAGAAACUCCAUUCUUCAUUUGGCAAUUGUGUCCUGAUCUAGUCCUGUUUAUCAGCUAGAGGAUGGACUGUAUACUUCAAGUUGGAAAAUUUAGAACCUUUUAAAUACUUUUGUUGGUUGUGAACCUUUCACAUUACACCAUGUAUGUAUCAUUUUCGUAUCUAAGUUCUUCUCAGUAUAUCCCUAGACUGGUGGUUGCAGGUGUUUUGUCCUUCAUGUAUUUACAUGUAUAAAUCUGCAAGUGCAGUACAUUGCUCUUUGUUGAAAAUUUGAAAUGAUUUUGUGAAAAUAACU